AUGGCUUUCCUGGACAACCCAACAAUUAUACUUGCUCAUAUUCGACAGUCACACGUGACCAGUGAUGACACAGGGAUGUGUGAAAUGGUCCUGAUAGAUCAUGACGUCGACCUGGAGAAGUUUAAUCCCUCGUCAGCAUAUGGGGACAGUGGUUCAGAAACACAGGGAAGCAACGGUGAGACUCAGGGCUAUGUAUAUUCCCAAUCAGUCGAUAUUACCUCAAGCUGGGACUUCGGAAUCAGAAGACGAUCAAACACAGCUCAGAGACUAGAACGUCUGCGGAAAGAGAGACAAAAUCAAAUAAAAUGCAAAAAUGUUCAGUGGAAAGACAGAAAUACUUCUUACUCAGCAGAGGAGCUGAGCUCACUAUUUGAAAAAAAGAAUUUCAGAGUGAAAUCUCCAUGCUCUGGGAAGCAGUCAAUACUGUCUGUGCGACUUGAACAGUGUCCGCUGCAGCUGAAUAACCCCUUCAAUGAGUACUCAAAAUUUGACGGCAAGAGCCAGCGCAUUGACAAAGCCGUGCGGCGCUGGGGCAGUGCCAGCGGUGCUGAGCCCCUCCUGCAGCCCCCGCGCCAGCCAGAGCCCAGCCGCUCCCUUGGCUGGCACGGGCCUACCUGGCCUCAGGAGAAAGAUAUUUCUGUUUUGCUGAGAUGGAAACAGGCCUUUCCCUGGGCUUUUGUCUGCAUUUCAUUUUGCUGGAGAGCCGCCUCUGGUGGGGGAUGCUUGGGCUCGCCCGCGGGAGGGAGGAGCAGGCUCUGCCGGUGCGACCGGCGCUCGGAGGAGCGGCGUGUUCCCGGCUGGGCGGCUCUGGUGAAGCUCCGCUUCAGGCCUUUGGCCGUUGGUGCUGCGCCUGUCCCUGCCCUCGCAGCCCGCGCCGGUGUUUUGGCAUGGUCAGCGCGCCUCCUGUGCGGUGGGUUGGCGGUGGAGGACGACGUACAACAGCAGCCUCGGAACAGGUUUUUAGAAACACAGGCUGCUGCUUCUUGCUCAACCCGGUUCAAAAUCUGCACUGCAGUUCUUAAGACACCUAGAAUAAGUGCCAGAUACAUGUAA